AAGCUCUGAGAAAAACACAACACAAGAGAGAGAGAGAUCAGACAAAGAGAGAUUUGUAAUAAUCAUAUCAUGGGGAAGAGAAGAGGUGUCUCCGCCGUGAACGUGGUUUUCGGGUGGCUAAGACAACAAUCGAACAAGGUUAAGAUAGCUUUAGGAAUUAUCAUCUCUUUGAUCCUCGUCGUGUUUCUGAAAUUCACCGUUAGGAAUCACAAUCACUUUUUCAUCGCCUCCGAGCUCAUCCACGCCACCGGAAUCUUGAUCCUCAUCUACAAACUCACUCGCCAAAAGACUUGCUCCGGUCUUUCUUUAAAGUCUCAAGAAGUGACAGCAAUAUUUCUAGCUGUGAGAUUGAUAUGCAGCAUAAACAUGGAAGGGGAUAUCCAUACAGUUCUCGAUUUCGCCACCUUGGUUUCGACUCUAUGGGUCAUUUAUAUGAUUCGAUACAAGCUGAAAGCAUCUUAUAUAAAGAGUCUGGACACUUGCUACAACUACUAUGUGCUUGUACCAUCAGCUAUCCUUGCGUUGGUUAUUAACCCGAGUACGAGUUAUUCUUACUUCCACCGUAUCUUGUGGGCGUUUUGCGUUUACACAGAAUCUGUCUCUGUUCUACCUCAACUUCGAUUAAUGCAAAAUGCUCAGAUCAUAGAGCCUUUCACAGCUCAUUACGUGUUUGCGCUCGGAAUAGCUAGAUUUUUGGCAUGCGCUCACUGGAUUAUCCAGGUCGUUGAGACUCGUGGACACUACCUAUGGCUGCUCGGGGCUGGUUACUUUUGGUUCCCGGUUGCUCUAAUAGCCGAGAUCGUUCAAACCUUCAUCCUCGCCGACUUUUGCUACUACUAUGUCAAAAGUGUUAUGGAGGGUCAGCUAGUACUGAAGAUGCCAGUUUAAGAUCAUCUAGUAUAAAUGAACCAAUACAUUUUGC